AUGAGCACAACUCAACGAAAGCGCCGUGGAGGAGCAGCUAAUUCUAGGCGAGCUCGGAAGCGAAACCGCUUGAUGGCUUCCACUGCAGAAAUGGCUUCAGAAGCAGAGCCAAUAGAACUUGAAGAAAGUGCCGGUGAAGAAGUAGUAGAUCUCACACGUGAACCUUCUGAUCCUGUAGUCGUUGAUCUAACUCACAAUGAUUCUGUUGUGAUUGUUGAAGAGAAUCAACGACAAAGGAGAAAUCUCAGACUCAGAGGCCAGCGACAGUUGGAUAUCUGUAUACUGAUCAGCGAUGAUGACGAUGAACCAGGAGAUAAUGAUGUGUAUGUGACAGAUAAAGCGUCUUUCUAAAGGCUAAUUUCUGAUAUAGAGUAAAACCUGAUUUUUUCCAAGCCGUCUGGUACCGUUAGCUGUCCGAUUUGCGUGGAUGGCUACUCAGAGAUUGUGCAAAGCGGACGCCUGAUUGUGUCGACCAAAUGCGGCCAUGUCUUCUGCAGUCAGUGCCUCCGUGAUUCCCUUAGGAAUGCCAACUCUUGCCCAACCUGCAGGAAGAAACUCACUCACAGACAGUAUCAUCCCAUUUAUAUAUGAGUACUUCUAUUUCUCAGGACAGACUCAACUGGAUGGUUUGGGCAAUGUCGUGUUUUCAGUGCUCUGAAGAUUUAAAGAGCAGCAGGUUGUGCACACAUCCAAAUAAAACUGAUUUUUUUGGAGAAUAACUUGUACGUAUAUAGACAGCUUUUUUAUGGUCCAAGCUGCUUCUUGUCAUGUCCCUGGUUGUAAUGUUAAGUUUAUGACUGUCUCUAAAGUAGACCAGCAGCCUAUAUCAGAAAGGAAGCAGCUAAUCCAUUUCCUUCUACUUUUUUAAUGCUUAACUAAGAGGGGUCUGAAUAUUUUGUUACUUCUUACUCUUUAAAUUAUUCCCACCGUCGCAUACAGAUACGGAGUAGUUACCUUUGAAAAUACAGAUGAGCGAUUUGCCAUUCCAUUACACUUCUGUUUUUAUCCUACAAGAAGCUCAUGACUAUAUUGCUUUCUGCUAUGCCAUCUUUGCCCAAGUAGAGUAAGUUCUGUAAUGACGGAUCGUUUUAUCAUAAAUCACUAUUAAAUUGACAGCCAAGGUCAUGCAAUAAAAUAACCUGCUGUUAACCAGCAAUCAGGUGUUUUAAGCAGAAGGCUUGAACAUGUAGAUGUCUUUAUGGCCUCCGUGAGAUCUAAAGUACGUAGACAAAUUGCAACAUGUACAAUGUGAAAAUACUUCUUUGAAUGUUUUAACUGCCAAGAAUUCCUGUGUUUGAAUCACAACACUGAAUUUAUUUUCUAACGUG